AUGUCACCAAAAGUGCAGAGAUCAGUUUCUUUACGGCUCGCUACGUUCAUCCGCCACCGAUAUGAUCUUGAUAAUGUUAACGUGAAUGGACUCUGCGCAAAAUGUCACGCAUUGGAGAACAAACAAAUGCAAUUAGACGCAGCUAUAGAUGUGGACGAAAAUAUCAAUUCAAAUGAUCAUAUGUCCGAUUAUGAUGAACAAGAACAAAAUUCAGACGAAGCGGAAGAUGCUAAUGAUGAUGAUGACGACGAAACGAUCAAAUGUGUUUCGAAUGCUGAAUUUGAGCCCAGUUCACAUCCUCACUUGUAA